AUGAGCCGAACUGCUGAAAACUUACCUUGGAUCGAGAAAUAUAGACCCGAGACCCUUGAUGAUGUUUAUGGUCAAAGCGAAAUUGUGGGAACGGUGAGGAAAUUCGUGAAGGACGGUAGACUUCCUCAUCUACUGUUUUAUGGACCUCCAGGAACUGGUAAGACGUCAAUGAUAGUGGCAUUGGCGAGAGAGAUAUACGGUAAGAAUUACAGAAACAUGGUUUUGGAACUGAAUGCUUCGGACGACAGAGGUAUUGAUGUUGUCAGGAAUCAGAUCAAAGAAUUCGCGUCGACUCGUCAGAUCUUCUCUAAAGGUUUCAAACUCAUUAUCCUGGACGAAGCGGACGCAAUGACGAAUGCUGCGCAGAAUGCCUUGCGGAGAAUUAUCGAGAAAUAUACCAAAAAUACCAGGUUUUGUAUCUUGGCCAAUUACGCACAUAAGCUGACACCUGCUCUUCUAAGUAGGUGUACAAGGUUCCGCUUUCAACCACUCUCUCUUGAUGCCAUUGAAAAACGUGUCAAUAGAGUUCUCAUAAUAGAAAACUUGAAGUUAAGUCCCGAAGCUUUGACCGCGUUAUUGAAGCUUGCCAAUGGUGACAUGAGAAGAGCCCUCAACGUCUUGCAGGCAAGCAAGGCUACUCUCGACGCUCCAGAUUCUGAGCAAGUUACUGAAGACACCGUCUACGACUGUAUUGGCGCUCCUCACCCUCAGGAUAUUGAGACAAUUUUAGAAUCCAUUUUGAGAGAUGAUUGGGGAACCGCGUAUUUCACAGUAAACAAAAUUCGCAGCAGCAAGGGCCUUGCCCUUAUCGACUUGAUUGAAGGAAUUGUAAAGGUUCUACAAGAGUACGAAUUGAAAGCCGAAACGCGUAUUCACUUGCUCAGCAAACUCUCAGACAUCGAGUACGCAAUAUCUAAAGGUGGUAACGACAAAAUCCAGAGCAGUGCGGUAAUCGGGGUGAUAAAAUCUAGUUUCGAACUACAAGCCUAG